AUGAUUGCCCUGACAUAUGCCCCCAUCUCUUCCCUGUUUCUCUCUCCCUUUGUAGCUCUGUUUUUGCUGGAUAACGAAUGGACUUUCGUCAACCAUGGCGCCUUUGGAGCGGCCAAUCGGUUGUCGUUCGAAACCGCUCAGAAAUGGCAGAGAUACUUGACCUACCUACCUAUCCUCCCUACCUAUCUUAGACCUACCUCUAUCUUCUCUACCAAUCGUAGACCUACCUACCUAUCGUAUACCUACCUACCUAUCGAGAGUCAACCGUUGCGCUACAUAGACCGAGUGCUUCUCCCGCAAAUGGCUCAUGUCACCCGACUACUCGCACAACACGUAGGAACGGAUGCCUGUGAUCUCGGUCUGCUACCAAACGCCACUUCUGGGCUCAACGCCGUCUUCCAACGCAUACCACUCACUGCCGAAGACUCCCUGUUUAUCCUGAGCCUAUCGUAUGGUUCAGUUAAAAAAAUGGCCAAAGAGUCCUGUCGUCGCACGGGGGCGGAGUACUGUGAAGCGCAAAUUACGUUCGCACAUAACUCAUCGACCAUUGAUUUUGUGGCGUUGGUUGAGCGAGAGUUGCCCGUCAAUGCAAAGGUGGCUGUGUUUGAUCACGUGACCAGCAACACGGCCAUUAUUCUGCCAAUCCAGGAAUUAACGGAUCUGUGCCACAGGAGGGGGUGCCUGGUGGUAGUCGACGGUGCGCACGGUUUAGGGCAAUUUGACCUGAACCUGAGAUCGCUGGGUGCAGAUGUGUAUAUAUCGAACUGCCACAAAUGGUUCACUUGUCCGAAAGGCAUAGGCUUUGUCCGGGCCACAGCAGAGGUCCAAAAAUGGCUUCGACCGGUCAUUAUAUCGCACGGGUGGGGCAAGGGGUUUGUGAGCGAGUUCAUGUGGCAGGCCACAUCUCUGGCUCAAAAGUGGAAAUCGCAGACGCUUGUCCCUUUGGAGAUGUCCGGUUUGAUGGCACUAAUCCAAAUUCCAACUUUAGAUCGCAAGCUCAGUGAUAUAGACGGGAACGCGGUACAGGACGCCAUGCACUUCAGAUUCCAAAUCGAAUGUCCGGUGAAGUUCAUCGAUGGUCAGCUUUAUGUUCGGAUAUCUUCGCACUGCUACAAUACGAGGCAUGACUACGAUAAAUUGGCAGCGGCGGUUCUGUGUCUGGUAAAAGAUCUAAAGAUCGAUUGA